UCCCGUCUAAACAAUUCCUGCUUCCACUUCUUCACAUUACCCAAACAGGUAUGGAAGUCUCCAGUGGGGAGCAAAGCCCUCCAGAGCUGGAUUUAGAGGAAAUAACAAGGAAGAUUGUAUUUCUUGAUAAAUGGAGGGAAAUCUUUAGUUAUCACAGGUUGGGAACCAAUAAUGCAACUCCGCAGAACCAUGAGGGGAACGCUGCGUCUGCUGAUGGAACUGGAGAUGGGACAGGAACACCUCAGCCCAGAGGACAGGGACGUUGGCCACCCAGGGGCCUUUGUCCUAUUCCCAGGCCCUCCGUCAUCUCCUCAAAAUCGGGCGGUUCUCCUAUCUCCCUGACAGUGGCCACAAAGCUGCGGCAGAGCCUCUUUGGAAACACCAUCCACAUCUUCAGCUAUGACUGGAACAAGGCCUAUUUCAAGUUCCACAGUCCUUUCUCUGGCCUUGCGUUUGCUUUGGAAGUGGCAAAGGGAGGCCCCCGGAGCAUUCAGAUGGCUGUACAAGGGUCCAUCAUCAAACAUCUCUUGUUUACCAGGAAGGACAGAGACUGUCACCUUCGCAGUUUACAACACCUGAGCAGGCAGCAGCAGGAGCAAGCCCUGGCCACGGUGCUGACUGACAUCCUGUGGGUCUCAGGAGCCGCUCAGAAGGCCGUUGUCUGCGUGGUUACCGAGGACACCUAUGUUGACUGGACUCCUGACUACUCCAGGGACAACUUCACUGAGAGGCUCCAGCUGUUUGAAUUUUCAGAGAAGGAAGCGGCUGAGAAAUUCAUCGGGGAUCACUUGGAGAGUUUCAAAGGGGAAGGGAGUCGCGGCGUUGUGCUGUUCCUUUACAGCCUGAUCUUGUCCAGGACGUUCGAGAGGCUUCAGGAAGACCUGGACUCAACCACCCCACACCUGUUACAGCCCAGCGCUGGAGGCUUCCUGUGCAGGCAGGCCAUUCUGAACAUGAUUCUCACUGGAAGAGCAAGUCCCAACGUGUUCAACGGUUGUGAGAAAGGGGAGGCUCAGGAACUGCUUCAUGGAGUCCUGGCCCGCAGUGACGUUGGCUACCUGCAGUGGGGUCAGGAUGCCUCCCAGGAUGACAGACUCUCAGAGGUGGGAAGCAUGCUGAAGACCCCCAGAUUCCCCAUCUGGCUGUGUAACAUCAAUGGAAACUGCAGCGUCCUUUUUUGCACAAACAGGCAGCUCUUAUCAGACUGGAAAAUGGAGCAUGUCUUUGAUCUGUACCUGUACAGUGGUCAGCGCUCGCAGAGGAAGCCCUCACAUCUUACCGUAGAUACACACUCCCAUCACUGGGAGAGGGGCAGACGUGAAGAUGGACACAGACCCGGAAGACGGUUCUCUCCCCUGGAGAUGGCAAUCAGAACCAAGUGGAGAGAGGCCACCAUCACCUGGAAUGGGACUGGUCCCUUUUUCUAAAGAGAAAACCAGGUUGUGCGAUAAAGUCUAAGUCUCUGAACUGUUGGGGUGCAAAAGCCAGGGUGGGCGUGGGUGAUUUCUACAUUCCCGUCAUGAGCCCCAUUGAAAUUACCACGAGUAGCCUUUGGUUUUCUCCCUGCUAAGUCCCCCCGGCAGUGCCAUAGGCAUUGGCAUCAUAGAGAAACAGCACUCGCACCAGGGUCUUCCCAGCGGACCCUCGGCUCCUUAACCUCACGCCUUCCUUUCACCCAAAGGAUGCUAGGAAGCCUCUCCUGUGCCUGCUCUUUCCAAGUUCCUCUUCUGCUUUGGUUCUUCACGCGGACUACGGGAGCAGGCAGCCAGCUUCCAUUUGGGGGUGACGUCAUCGGCAGUACGUCAUCCCCUCUCAGUCAUGGCAAGAACACAAGCCUUCUCGGAGACUCCUGGCAGGGGGACUGGUCCCCUCCAAGGACACGCUCGCCUGCCCACGUGGAUGAGUUCUUGUCCUCAAAUGGUAAACGGGCUCUUUGGGCUGGAAGGGAGCUCCUCCUGGUGGGCUGGUCACUCUGGCCAGGUGCAGGGGCCCCAAGUGGUCAAGGAGACCCAGCCUGGAGACACCCUCUUUCCAUCGCGGUAUUGCUGCAUUCUUUCCAGUGUUGAAUUUGUUUCUUUUUCAUAAGAUAAAUAUUAAUGAUAUCAAUAAACAAAAACUAA